UUCACAAUAAGAUUUUCUGCUUUAUUUAGAGGCUUGUGUACGAAAAGUGCCCCAAAUGAAUCCCUUAAACUGUAUAAACACCUAUUGAGACAGUGUGAAAAGUUACCCAAGGGGCCCAGAGAGCAUUACCGAUUUAUGGUAAAGCAGGCAAGCCAUAACGAAGGUGGGACUCAAUAAGAGAAAAGUACACAGAACGUGCAACUACCCCUCCCAGCUCAUGCCCUGCCAUUCUUACUGCAAAGCAUCCAGAGGAUAAUUUUGAUGCAAGAUUUAGGAUAUGAUCUUCGAAGCGAAGGCGACCAUCAAUGGGAUUUAUUCAGCACAUUAGUGAACCAGAUAAAGAAAGAGUUAAGCAGAUAAUCCAGAGAUCUUACGAAGAUUGUGAUUGGAUUUUAAAAAAGUACCUGAAACAAUAACAUGUUCCAAAUACCCUUAGCAACAAGUUCCACACCCAUCCCCCAAGAUAAAUUCUGGGAUGCGGUCCUUCUCUAUCACAACAGACCCAACUUAGUGAAUCGCAAAAUCACCGCUGUAUCACAGGCUUUACUUUGUGAGGUUUGCUUUAAACCCAACUUACUUGAGCGGCUUAAUAGACCAUCCUUACUAUAUCACCUGAGGAGGCUUUCAAGUGUAGAAACAAUUACCGAGGAAUUUUUGAAAUCUUUAUUGGAGCCUUAUGAUCAAACCCUUAAGCUCACUCAUACCACUAUGGAUCAGUUUAAGGUGGUGAGAAAUGGCCAGUUUAUUUCCUUAAGGGUUUUAUAUCCACGAGCAAGGAAUCACCCAAAAGCUAUGGAAAUUGUGUUAUUAGACAAGGAGAGAUGUAAAGUCACUUGUCUAGCGGUUUCUGAUACGGAGAAACACUUUAUUGCACCCCCAUACCCUUAUCAGAUAGAAUUAGCAGAACAUGGAAUUUUAAAAAUAAACGUGGGGUCAUUUGAGGACGCUGAUACGGCACAAGCAGAGUGGUUGGCAGACAAGUUAUUCACGAAAUUAUUGAAAUGGGUGGACAGUGACGAUUGCGAUAAUAAGAGAAUCGUGCCAAGUUUAUCACUUGUUAAGGCUGACGAAUAUUGUUUGACUUAUAACAGGCUAAAGGAGCUUUAUGGAACUGAUCUUGUUAAGAAAUGGCCUAUAAAGUCUGGUACAGACCCCCAAAAGUACGUCUUCGAAGAUAUAGCGAUAGCGAGCUAUUUGAUUUGUUUAUGGAAGGAGGAUCGGGAUGUCAGGUUUAUCGAUUGUGGGUGCGGUAAUGGCCUUUUGGUGUAUUUAUUGAAUCAGGAGGGUUAUGAAGGUUAUGGAGUUGACGUCAGAAGACGACCUAUUUGGGACAUUUAUCCACCAACUACGAAGUUAGAGGUGGGUACAAUAGGCCCUAAUUCAACCUUUCCAGAUACCAGUUGGAUCCUGGGCAACCAUUCCGACGAAUUAACCCCCUGGAUCCCAGUGUUGGCCCUAAAAAGUAAUUCGAAUUUUUUCGUUCUUCCUUGUUGCCCUUACGACUUCAACGGGCAAAAGUUCAUUCGGAGAAAUACGUCGGUGAGCGCCUAUGCGGACUAUCUGGACUACAUCGAAGAAGUUUCCGAAAAAUGCGGGUUCUUCACUGAGAUCGAUAAGUUGCGUAUCCCUUCCACGAAACGGACCUGUUUGGUGGGAAGAGAAACUACGAGAAAAACUACUCCGAAUAAGCAGCAAAUUUUAAAAGAGAUUAUUGAGCUGGUCGAACAGAAAACUGCUGAAAACUUCGUACAAAGAUCCGAUACGGAGAAAGUGCGGAACUGCACCAAACUCGAACGAUCUCUUAUAAAGGAAAUAGUGCAAAUCUGCGUCGUAAAACUCCUGCAAGAAGAGCGUCAUGUAGAGAAACCCGAUGGUACCAAAUGGAACCAGGGAACCCAAGUCAGAAUAUCGGAACUCAUAAAGGAAAUACCCUCAAACACUUUAAAACAGCUCAAACAAGAGUGCGGCGGCCUUCAAACACUUUUAAAGAACCAUCGGUAUAUUUUUAAGGUGCUGAAUGGAAUAAUUAGUUUGCAGAAGCCUUGUUGCAUAAAGGAAACCGAAAAGUAUAAAGAUAAACCUUGUUGGUUCUUGAAAAAUCAUCCUGACGGUUGUUUUUAUGACAGUAGCGAUUGCGGUUAUAGACAUGAAUAAAAAUAAUGUUAGUUUUAAUUCAUUAAAACCCUUACAUAAAUAACGUCUUUUUUAUGAAUUACGCCAUCUGUGAUCGCUUCAUAAAGCAUUUUAUUGACUGACUGUUACAGAGUCCUUAUUUGAAUUCUACAUAUAUUUACGUGGAGAUGGCGCUAAGUUAAACAAUUCAAAGCAAUGACGCCAUUUCACUGCUGUCUUACAAGAAAAAAAAAUUCAUUAAACUGAAUGUUAAGUUUCUUUUAAUAUAUAUUUUGUCGUG